AUGGAAAAUAAUAAUUCUGGCAUGAAAUUAAAAGAUGAUAUUGAUUUAAAUGGUAUUAUUAAAAAUAUUUGUUCGUCUGAAGUCUUUAUUGAUGGAUUAAUCAGAUGUAUCACCAAAAGUGAUGUGUUUACAAAAGCGAUUUCUGAAGCGAUAUCAGAUUCGAUUGCAAAAUAUGAAUCACGUAUAGCUCAAUUGGAAAAAGCUGUUAAAGAAUUACAGUUCAAAUGUAACGAUGUAGAACAAUAUGGGCGACGCUGCAAUAUUCGAAUUCAAGGUAUUAAAGAAGAGAAUGAUGAGAAUACAAAUAAAAUAGUCAUUGACAUUGCACAAGCGUUAGGCGUCAAUAUAGACGAGAGGGACAUAUAUACGUCACAUCGUCUUGGACGCAAAGGUAAUUAUAUAAGACCUAUAAUAGUCCGAUUCGUACGUUUUGAUGUACGUCAACGUGUUAUAACAAAACGUGGUAAAUUGAAAGUUAUUGAUCGUUAUAAAAAUAUAUUUGUGAAUGAUGAUUUAACUAAACAUAACUACGAUGUAUACAAGUAUGCCCGUGAUAAACUGAACAAACGUUCUGUAUCUGUUCGUAAUGGAAAUGUGUAUUAUUCGCGUGAAUGUCAAGACGAUCACGGAGGUACCAAAGCAAAAAUUUCUCAUUUAGUGACUCGUGCAUCAGUGGAUUCGCUAUUAGGGUAG